AAACCAACCAACAAACAGAGCGCAGCAGAAGAGAGAGAGAGAGAGAGGGGCUGGCGCACUAGUGUUGUCUUCGGAUUUUCGCUGGGACAGCACGCGAUCAACGGUAGACAGCAGACGACUUCUAACUUGCAGAGCUGUUUGUGCUUUUUCUAACUUUUUAUAAAAUUAAUUAAUUCCACGUGUCAUUAUGGCUGGAAUAUACGGAUAUAUGUUUUGUAUACUGUGUAUAUUGGAUUUUAUUUAUUUAUCUGACGCUUUGUGUAAGUACGUGAAACGAGAUGUUGCAUAUAAAGUGGUAAAAUCGGAUGUUGUUUUAUCUGGCAAAAUAAUCAAAGUUAAUGAUGGAGACAGUAAAUAUUUUCCCGGAAUUCAGGGAGCACAAACUCUUCAAUUCGAAGCUGAGUGCAUCUACAAGGGUGGUGACAUGACAAAAGAUGUGACAAUUUAUGGAUUUGGUGUAUUCGAGGACUCAUCAGGAAUGUGUCACAAUACUAGUAUUCCAAAGGAACCAGAUACUAUUGUAUAUUUAGAGAGAAAGGAAAAUGGCGAGCUCGUCAAUAAGUAUUUGAAUGAUCCGAUUAAUUAUUUAGACGAACUUACCAUCUGUGGUGAAAAGUCUCCUAAAUUAGCAAAAGGUCAGCCAGUGCCUGAUUAUUUCGAGGAUGUUUGUCCUUUUUACGAAGAUGAAUGCAUUCAAUAUAUUGAGCCCACAACAAAGGCAACAGAUGCCCCUACAACUCCAAGUCCUGAACCGGAAACAUCACCAGUAACACCCAAACCAACGACGGAGAAGGGAGUCAGAUACUCAAUCAAGCCUCAGGUCAAAGAUGGUGAAAACGGAGCCAGUAGACUAGCGACCUUGACCUCCAUCACGUCAACAAUAGCCUUUUCAACAUUUUUAGUGUACUUGUUAGUUUGAAUAUAAAGAAUGCAUAGUUUAUUCAAUUAAUUAUAUCAUGACACAAUUCAUAAGCCAAGAGAAAAAAGUUUACAUAAUAUGAAGGAAUAUUAUUAAAAUUGUGAGCCGCUAAGAUUCGAGACUAUAUCCUGUCAUUCCAAAAAUGUGUGCUAUUAUGAUCAGGGUACACUUAUGAAAAUGUGUCAUCUUUCAACAAUUUUGCAGCUGAGCUUAACUGAAGCUCAGAUUUCACUUAUUAAGCAAAACUUCCAUCAGAACUACCUCGUGUUUUGUUAUGCGAUAGGUAUAUGAUAUUCAAGUAGUCUUCCCAGCAAAAUGAACUAUGAACGGGCAACGGGAGGUAACUCUCAUCACACAAUGAUAUGCUCAGUGUAUUACUGACUUGCCCGCAAGAAUUAGCCUUUUGCGGAUAAGAAAUUCCGUCAGAUAAAGGUUUUCACUUUUAAAGUCCAUUUUGGCAUAACCUUCUCAUGUUUGGCACUUACUGUAUUACAUAAAAAUUAAAUAUGAAAAUGCAUGGUUACAUAAAAAAGUUAAGAUUUAUCAAGAAAGAUUGGCACUAGGGUCAUCGUUUUAGAUGAAAGUUUGUGGAAACAAAAAUGUUCCAUUUUUUCCUUCAGUAUCUUGUAUUAUAUGGCAGCCUCUAUGUAUAAACUGUUGUGUUUGGUAAGGUGUGCUUUUGUUAUGAAGUGUUUUACAAUUUAUUUAUGUUUAGCUUUUUUAUCAACAAAUUCUAGCCAUUCCAUUUCUCAAAGUACGGUGCUCGUAUUUUGUAGAUCUCUGGGAUUUUUUCUCCUUUAAUAACUCUCUCCCAUUUCCAUUGCACAAUUUUGAAAUUUAGUAAAAACAAAAUAGAAAUAUAGACUAGUAAAACUGCAACAUUCUAGAUCUAGAUUUAUUUUUGACGUCGACACAUACAAUAGUCAACAUGAUCUGUGACGUCACAUGUUUUACUAUAGGAUAAUGAUUUUGUAUUAAUUGUUGAGAAACUGGAAUAACUUCUAGGUGAAGAGGAAAUUUCAGCAGUGGGCAGUCCACAACCAACAAAGUCAGAUUAUACAAAAAAUUAUUAACGGGGUAUUGAGUGACAUAUGCUUUGUUGCCUCCUAGACCUAAGGCAAAGUUUGUUUCUGUUAAUUCUGAUAAAGCAAAUGUUGUACUUUGAUCCUGUCUAAAAAGAAGUAUGUUUUUACGCCAAGAAUUUUGUAGAAAGCCAAGGAAACUGUUUUCUCUGACUUGCGACGGGAUAGUUGUAAUUUUCAUAACAGGCAUGUAUUUGGUUUUAUUUUAUUUCAUGUGUUCAUAAUCAAAAUGAGCAUUAAUGUAUGGUUCCUAUUUCUUUGAAUGCAAUGUUUAUUUUUAGUAUUGGAGAGAUCGUUUUUCUUUUGUGUAUGUGUAUGAUUCUUUUAUUCUCUGAAUGAGAAUCUGUUCACGCGCUUUUUUUAAUAGUUUGCUCAAAGGAUAAAAAAGGCAUAGGUAUUUAAUUACAUAUGAUAUUGUAUUAGAAAAAUGAAAACCUUCACUGAACACUUCAAAAUAUACGAAGAAAACCUGAACUAAACACUGGUUGUCUUUUUUUUUCUAUUCAAUUAUGACCUGUAACACGUGUCUAAAUUGAGGCAAUUUUAUGGAGUGAAAACUCUGGAAAAUAGUGUUAUUAUCAAACUUUAAUAAGUCUAUGUAACAGCUUUUUUUUAAUUUAAAUUUUACAUUUCCAUCAAAAUUUUAGCAUACUAUUCUUUUGAACGUUGAAAGACCUAUUAUAUAUAGUAACUUUCUUAUAAGUGCAUACAUAUACAUAAUUUUAAAGCAAAUUUAGAUCACCUGAGCGGAAAGCUUGAGAGCAUUUAUGAUCACUUUUUGUCCGGCGUCCAUCUGUCUGUAAACUUUUUUACAUUUUCGACUUCUCUUCAAGAACUACUGGACCAAACUUAUCACAAAGCAUCCUUGGGUGAAGGGGAUUCAAGUUUGUUCAAAUGAAUUAAGGACCACACCUUAUUUCAAUGGGAGAUAAUCAAGAAUUAGUGAAAAUUAAUGGCAUCUUUUCAAAAUCUUCUUCUCAAGAACCACAGGGCUAGAAAAGAUGAAACUUAUGUGGAAGCAUCCUAAGGUAGCGAGAUUCAAGUUUGUUCAGAAUAUGACCUCCUUGGUAAGGUUGGGCCACAAAAUUGAAUAAGCCAUUAAGGUUUUAUAGAGGAAUAUAUAGGGAUAAUCUUCUUCUCAAGAAGAGCAAAGCCAUGAUCAAUCAUAUGGAAGCAUCCUAGGAUAAUGUAGAUUCAAAUUUGCUCAACUCGUAACCCCCGGAGGUAGGGCGGGGCCGCAAAGGGCGAUUAAAGUUUUACAUAAGAAUACUAGUUUAUAGGAAAAUCUUUUUAAAAAAAUUCUUCUCAAGAAUAGCAAAGCAUUCUCGGGUAGUGUAGAUUCAAGUUUGUUCAAGUCAUGACUCCCGGGGUAAGGUGGGGCCACAAUAUAUCAUCAAAUUUUUCAUUGGAAUAUAUAUUGGAAAAUCUGCUGGUGACGAACAGGAGGACCAUAUUAGUUAAUCAGGUGAGCGUUGCGGCCCAUGGCCUUUCUUGUUUACGAAACAGUGUUGCAAGACAUUCAAUAUAUACAGAGCAAUAGUGCUAUAUGAUUAUAGAUGGUCUUUUAAAUAGAAAUUAUAUACCAGUCUGCAUUUAUCUUUUAUCUAUUUUUUCCAAUUUUCCUUAUUUCGUUAUCUGUACAUGUACAUAUUCCAGACUCGAUAUCUGUUUGCCGUACACUGUGUGGGUAUUUGCUUGAAUGUAUGUACUUUGCUAUAUUUGCUGAUGUUUGAUGUACAUGUGUAUGUUUUGUAUAAAUAAACCGUGCUCGCUGAU